CAAUGGGCCGCAGGAUCAUCCUACAUCCUCUCCUGUUAUUUCACCAACUGGGCACAGUACCGUCCUGGAGCAGGCAAGUAUUUCCCCACCAACAUUGACCCAUGUCUCUGUGACCACCUCAUCUAUGCCUUCGCUGGAAUGGACGGCAACAUGAUCAAGACCUACGAGUGGGACGAUGAGAAACUCUACGGACAGUUCCAGGCUCUGAAGAACCAGUUCACAGCCAUGGUUUCCUCCCCUGCCAAUCGUCAGACCUUCAUCACCAGCGUGAUCACGUUCCUGCGUCAGUAUGAGUUUGAUGGUCUAGAUAUUGACUGGGAGUACCCCGGCUCUCGUGGCUCUCCGGCUCAGGAUAAGGAGCGCUAUACCGUUCUGGUCCAGGAACUGAUGAGUGCCUUUGAGGCUGAGGGCAAGAAGACCAGCCGCCCCCGUCUGAUGCUGACUGCUGCUGUCUCUGCUGGCAAGGGAACCAUUGACUCUGGAUACCAGAUUGCUCAGAUUGGCAGUGUGCUGGACUACUUCCACGUCAUGACUUAUGACUUCCAUGGUUCUUGGGAGCGAAACGUUGGAGAGAACAGUCCUCUGUACAAAGGACCUUCUGACCAGGGAUCCAUGAUCUACUUCAAUGUGGACUAUGCCAUGAACUACUGGAAGAGCAACGGUGCCCCAGCUGAGAAGCUGCUGGUUGGUUUCCCUACCUAUGGCCACACCUUCCGUCUGGCUUCCUCCAACACAGCUGUGGGAGCUCCUGCCAGUGGACCUGGACCUGCUGGACCUUUCAGUCGUCAGACUGGUUUUUGGGCCUACUAUGAGAUCUGCACUUUCCUGAAGCAGGGAGCCACUCAGGCCUGGGACAGCACCCAGGAUGUGCCAUACGCCUACAGCCAGGGAACCUGGGUUGGAUAUGACAAUGUGAAGAGCUUCCAAAUCAAGAUUCAGUGGCUGAAGCAGAGCGGUUUCGGUGGAGCCAUGGUGUGGAGUCUUGAUCUGGAUGAUUUCAGUGGCACUUUCUGUGGCCAGGGAAGAUACCCUCUGAUCAACACCAUCAAGAGUGGACUGGGAACUGGAGCCUCUUGUGCCUCUCGUCCUAACCCCCUGCCUCCAGUCACACCAGCCGUGCCCGCUCAGCCCAGUGGUGGCGGCAGCAGCGGUGGCAGCAGCAGCGGAGGAUCUGGCUUCUGUGCCGGAAAAUCCAAUGGACUCUUCCCAGACCCAACCAACAAGAACCACUUCUAUGAGUGCAGCCAGGGAAAGACCUACAACCAGCACUGUGCCGUCGGACUGGUGUUCGAUGACAGCUGCAAGUGCUGCAACUGGGCUUAA